AUGACCGAUUCACCCACGUCGCCCAAUGGCAUUGUUGAAAUCUUGAGCAUAGUCCUAGACCCGCUGAUCAUGUUUAAAAAAACUAUAGAUACUAUACAGGAAAUUAUCCCUGGUGCAGACAAUGACCUCAAGGAAAAGUUUCACUGGAUCAACUGUUCCCUCAAGAAUGCCACUCAAUUCAACUACAUGAUAGUAGGGAGCUAUUUUUCCUCGGGCUGCUACUGGAAAGCACCAGAAGGUGGAACACCGUUCUCUUCGACGAUGUUCUCUUGCUGUAAUGGCGAUGGAGCCAUCACAGGCAUGACAGGGGGCACAGCAUUCAAUCUGUGGCUCGACUCUGAGCAAUCGUUCAAGCUUCGCAGUCGUGAGGCUGGAUGGACCCUGCUCAGCUACGAUGCAGCCUGCAGAGAAGGAGGGCAUAUUCGGUCCAAGAACCUCUACAUGGGAAAGGAUGAGAAGGGCAACACUUCAAAGUUCUACAUUGAGGAUCUCAGCUUCGCCAGGCAAGGACCCUAUGUCGUUUGUAGUGCAGCAGGUUCCCGCUAA